GCGGGAAACGUGCGCGGCCCGUGACAGGAGGAGCGAUGGCGGCGGGCAGGCGUCCCCCCGCGGCCGGCGGCGGCGGCCUCCCCCGGGGCAGCGGGGAGGCGGGGGCCGCGAGGCGACGGUUGGCGCGUCCCGCCCUCCCUCGCGCCCUGCGCGGCGGCCGGCGCUCGCCCCCCACCGCCGCCGGGCAGCCCCGCCGCCGACUCCGCGCCGCUCCGCGCACACGGCGGCCCCUCCUGAGCAGCGGCGGCGGCGGCGGCGGCAGAGCCGGGUGCCGCAGCGCGCAUGCUCGGCCUGGGCGCCAUUUUGGUGGGGCCGGGAGUUAUCCAGCGAGAGCGGCGGCGGAGCUUGCUGGGCCCGGCGCGGAGGCAGCGAGGGUGUGCGGGUCGGUGCCCGCUGCGGAGAUGGCGAACAUCGCGGUGCAGAGGAUCAAGCGGGAGUUCAAGGAGGUGCUGAAGAGCGAGGAGACGAGCAAAAAUCAAAUUAAAGUAGAUCUUGUAGAUGAGAAUUUUACAGAAUUAAGAGGAGAAAUAGCAGGACCUCCGGAUACACCAUAUGAAGGUGGAAGAUAUCAACUAGAGAUAAAAAUUCCAGAAACAUAUCCAUUUAAUCCUCCUAAGGUGCGGUUUAUCACCAAAAUAUGGCAUCCUAAUAUUAGCUCAGUCACUGGGGCCAUUUGUUUGGAUAUUCUGAAAGAUCAAUGGGCAGCAGCAAUGACUCUAAGAACAGUGUUGUUAUCACUGCAAGCGUUGUUGGCAGCUGCAGAACCAGAUGAUCCGCAAGAUGCAGUAGUGGCAAACCAGUACAAACAAAAUCCAGAAAUGUUUAAACAGACAGCUCGACUUUGGGCACAUGUGUAUGCUGGAGCACCAGUUUCUAGUCCAGAAUACACCAAAAAAAUAGAAAACCUUUGUGCUAUGGGCUUUGAUAGGAAUGCAGUAAUAGUGGCCUUGUCUUCAAAAUCAUGGGAUGUAGAGACUGCAACAGAAUUACUUCUGAGUAACUGAGCCAUGUAGAGAGAGCUGCUUCAGUAGUCCAGCUUGCCCCUUCUGGAGGAGCAUCACCAUCUGUUAUUUUUAGGAUUCUAUAUAGAUUCUCUUUUAAAACUGGCACUCUUGCCUGAUGAUGCUAUCUAGGCACUAUUGGAGACUGAAAAACCGCUCUGUAAAUAAAGCUAAUUAAACGUCUGUGUAAAUUUAAAAAGGGGAAAUACUUUAAUUUUUUUCUUACUAAAUAUUGUAAAAAUUCUUUGAGCUCAGCUAAAACAAUGGGGGACAAACAUGCCUACUUUAGUGUUUAGCAGUGUGACAAAGACUAGCAGGAACUUGCUUCAGGAUUUUGAUUUAGGAAUUCAGCAAGCAACAUUUUUUGAGUGUUAGUCAUCAAAAUUGUUGGUGCCACUCAUCACAGCUAUCUUACUGUUUUAACAUGGAUCCUAUGUGCCUGUGGAUUGACCUAUAUUUGCAUGCUUGUACUUAAUAGAUGUAUUAGGUAGGGUCGCUGAAGAGAGCACCAUUUAAAUAUGCGAGUAUUCUUGUAACUUUUUCCUGAAAGACUUUGAAGAUUUACCCAAAGUUCAAAAUGGUGACCUAUUCAGAACCUUUUUCUUCCUAGUUUAUUAAUUGGGAAACUUGAUUCUCCUCUCCCUUGCAUCAUACAUUGCAUCACAGAACUAAAAAUCCUCACUGGAUUACUUUUCGUCUGUGGGUAUAUGCGCCAUUUACAGUAGUCUAGGCUCCACUUUAAAGAAUAUAUUUUGAAUUACCAUAAUGGUUUUCAACCAUCAUGUUUUCUACACAAACUCAUAAGGGUUUAGUGUGCUUGGAUGUAGCACCGAAAGGUGGAGCUGGCUUUUUUUUUUUUUUUUUUUUCUUAAAUAGAUGUAAAAUGUUCUUCAGUACAUUCUGGAUAAUAAUGAUUUCACUGGAUUUGAAGGAGGAAAAAAAUGAUUCUCUAGUGUACUGAGAAUUAAUUUCUUUUUUCUUUUGAGUACUUGAUAUGAUGCAAUCAGCUGUUUUUUGCAGCAAUUUUCUAGCUUUAUUUUUGGCUUCAGUUUAAGGAUUGCUUACCAGGUACUUCAAAAUUCAUCCUUGCUUGCAUUUUUCUCUAGUUGACACAUGGAGGCUGUGUUGGUGUUUUUACUGUACAUACUUCAAAUGCACAUAGAAGUAGAAGUGUGUUCUCAAUUUAGCUUUCUUUUGGAUUGAUGUUUCUGAUAAAUGAGAACUGAAAUCUUAUCUUGACUUGUACAUACAGUCAGUCUUUUUAUUCGUAUUAAAAUGACAUUUCAUCCUGAGUGCAAAAGCUUGAAAAUUAUUAGUUUUGCAGCUUCAAACACUAGUACAUCUAUUUAAAGAGAACUGUAAUAUCUUUACAAAUAUGAUGCUAACUUUUUAAAAUAUAUCUGACAAGAAAGUUCAGAGAAAAACUGAGAAAAGAGACUGGGGAUUGUUGAUAAUGGAGUACUGUAAAAGUCAUCUCUUUCAUGACUUUCUUCUCCUAAACAGUAGAUUAGUUGAGUGGGUUGGGGAAAUGUAUGUCUGGGCUUUUUGCUUGAACUGUGAAGUACAAGUCAAAAUAGUUUCACACUUCAUAGACAGUUUGUUCGUAAAUGAUACUAGAAGAAAUCAGGAACGUUGUUGAAUCUGUUAAAUAUCUGGAGCAUAGUUGUAGGGGAACAAAACCUGAAAAUAGAGCUGUAGAGACCUAACUAGUUCAGGGUUGCACCCUGUACUGUUCUGUCUGAGCUGUCCAAGGUUAAAAUAUUACGGGACACAGACAAUAAAUACUUUUAAUUCAUAUCAGUGCAAUACUAAAUACAUUUGCUGAGUCUUUAUACUUACUGCUUUUUAAGGUGUAGUUGGUGAUCACUUUUCUUGGAUUUUCUCGAGUUAGUGUAAAUCAUUUUCAAAGAUGCCAAAGGAAAUGAAUUGUUUUGUCUUGCAUUGUAUUUAUUUAUUUUUUUUAACAAGAGGCUGCUACUGUUCAGCUGGUUUGCUAGGUGGAAACCAGGGACAGUAGGAAACUGGCAAAAUGCUACUUGUGUUAAUCUCAAGUUGCUGUCUUUUCUGUUAUACAGGCUAAGAACUUUUUGAUUACAUCAACAAUUUUUUUUUUUUUUUUUACCCUGGUGGUAAUUAUAAAUGGCUGACUACUUUCCCUUGUUCUUCGCUGCUAUUUAUCAAAAGAAAGAACUUGGAAAUCAUUGUCAGGGGACAUAACACUUCACAGUUAUGGGCUUUUGAAUGUGUCGUUUGAUAGGAGUAGUUUCCUAAGAACACAGACUGUAAGCACAUGUCUGAUGAUAGCCAGAGCAGGUUUUUCCAGCUGUAUGUAAAGGGAUAGGGUAAGGAAGAAGGAGGAAGCUUGAGGGAGGUGGGCAGGGGGAGGAAAUGGUUAUUUGGUGAUCAUGAUCAAUGCAUCGUGAACAAUGCCCUGUUAAGAGAUUUAGUUCUCUCAUGAAGUUACCUCAUUUUCUUUUCUACUGCAAAGUGCUUGUCUUCCUCAUCCCCUUAUGUAUAGAUGUCAGAUACUGGUUUUUUUCCCUCCAAACAUGUGCUUAAUGGCAAAGGUAUCUUGAUUGCUAGCUCAGAUGCUGACAGGAGGGAAGCUUCUCAAGAACAGAGCUGGGAAGGAAAGAUGACCCAGCAUUAAGGAGACAUCUGUGAUUUGAAGUCCCUAUGAAUUUUGACGAGUGAGUCCUUUAUAAGGAAUGUUUUUGUGUUCUUGAUAAUUAUCAGAGUUGAAUAUAGGGAUAAUGUUGUACAAGGCUAGUUUAACUGCAGCUGGGGCUGAGCCCUAGGAGUUCUACUGUUAGUGUUCAGUUUAACAUUGUGAAUUUGUACAUACAAAAUCGUAGUUCUGUUUUCUGUAUGACUGAGCAUUACUAUAUUCAGGGCCCUGUGCAUUCACAGAUGUGGAGUUGCAGUCCACUCCUGUUGCACACUCAUGCUGCACAUUUACCACUUGCUUAAAACAAGAACAUAAAACAUGGAUACAGUUGCUUUCUAAGUACAAAUAAAUCCUGUGUUUCUUCCUCUGUUGUGUAAGAAGAGAGCUUGAAAGAGUAAUUUUGAAGUCCAGAUGGCCCCAUUUAUCUAAACAGGGUAUUGAUAAUGGAGCUUAAUGAUUGCUGGAGCAUCAAUCAGAUUUCACUGCUCAACAUUUUAACAUGUGUCUAGCUUAAGCGGUUUAUCUCUUGUUUGUUAGUAUUGUUGCUGGGGAACAAGAAACUCCUAUCGCAUCCAGUUCCUCAAAAAUUAAAGUAUAAUCUUGCUCAAAGGUAAAGAAAUGUCCUUUCCUGAUGCCAAAAGGCUCGGUUUUCCCACGGGUGCCAAAAGUCCUGACUGUAUCCCACCCCCACUUGCCAAAUUCGCAGCUCCCUCCCGUUGCUUCUGCAAAGAAGCUGUGUUCCCAGAAUGACAAAAUGAUACAUUUCAGAGACAGAAAACUUGAGAACAAAUCCUUCUAGAAAGAUGCUGCACUUAAUGCUAUUCAUUCUGCAUAUUCCAAACUUUCCAUUAAAAAAAAAAAAAAGUACGCUGCAACUUUCAGAUUCUCAGCACCACAAUUUUGUGUGAGUGAGCAGCUUUCCAACAGAGCUCACAUCAGCUUGCCACAGAGUACAUGGGGCCUUGACUAUAAUUGGUUCGGUAGUAUUUAUUUGAGGAAUUAGGUACUAAUAAAUAUGUCAGGGCUUUCUUUUUUUUAAUUAUCAUUGCGUUUAGUUCUUUUCCAAGUAAAUUACUACUGGAACACUGACAUAAGGAACGUAGGCUCUCUUUUUGUCUGAAAGGACAAAAUAAAUGGCCAGAAAGAAACUCACCUUGUAAUGCCAAAACUGCAUUAUGUGGUGUGGGUAAAAGAAACAUUUAAACUAUGCAAAUUUAAGCUCAACAGCUGUGAAUCAGACUUGGCACUUCAGAGCAUAUGGAUGGCUUAUUUAAUGGGGGGGAGGGGAAAAAGGGGAGGGAGGAGAAAAAAAACAAACAAACCGAACUGGAGUUUCAAGCAAGAGUUCUUGCUUACGGCUUUGGUCAUACACUGUUAAUGCAAGUGUUUCGUUUUUCAGAGCAAGGGGAAACAUAACUAUGUUCAUGUCCAUUGUUUCCUUCCUAAAUGGCAACAAAAGCUAGUGUAUGUUUGGAGGCUUGCCCAAAAGGGAGAAUGUUAAAUAAUUUAGCAGUGAAAGUUAGUUUUAUUUAACGCCUGUUCUUGAGCAGACACAGCAAGAAGAUGCAAUGCCCUCUCCUGCUUUAUCUGGUUGAUGGUAAAAGCUGAUAAGCAUCUUGAUGAGCGUAUCCACUGAUUUGUGAUCAGGCGAUUCAUUUUGUACGACUUGGUGGGCAGUUGGCUAAGCACUGGGUCUUGAGAACAUAACUCAUCCUGCCCGCUAUUGCAUCGCGGAACUAAAGCGUGAAAGUAAAGCUGCUCACUGGGUGCUGAAAGCUUUUUCUGGGAAGACUAUGUAGAUGUUUCCACUGUUAAUGUCUUGAUUUUCCAGGCACAGCUUUCUCUUGUGGCUAGAUAAAGGGGCAGUUGCUUCUUAUUUCUUCUUAGAUUUCUGAUCUAUAGUCAAAAUACAUCAGUAAAACUAUGUAGCUUGCUCUUCUUGUUUGUGCUGUUCUGGUGUCAUCAGCUGAUUCAUCGUUAGACUCGCAAGACCAACUGUCCUUAACACAUUUUGCUUCUUGCUUGUUUUUUUCAGCUGCAGUGCUUUGUAGUUAGUAACUCUGCCUUUCAGAUUUGUUCUUACUGGACAAACUCUUGCAAGUCAUUUGCACUGUGAUGUGAUGUUCCUUCUCUGCUAACUGUUACCUGCUUUGUAGGCAUCAAAAUAGCUAGCCAAUUGUUUACGGUGCUGAGCCAUUCAUUGAUAAUGUAAGUUAAGGUAUAUGAUUCAACAGAUGAGGAAGUGUACUAUGAAAAUGCUGUACUUGUCCAUUUUCCGAUUUGCGGCAACUGCUGGUGCUCUGUUGUGGUGUCUGAAGGAGGCUGUCAUCAUAAGAAUGCUGAUGUCAACUGUUGAAGAACCCAGCUUUUCACUUACCUUUUCCAUCCCAAAUUCUGACUUUUCUAAAAAGAAUUACCAAUAAAGGAUAUUGCAGGAGGUUUAUUCCUGAGCAUCAGACUUCCUGUAAAGGGAGAGUGGGUGGGCUGGAAUGCAGCAUCAGUGUUUUUUGUCUUGAAAAUAAAAACUACACAAACACUUUUGUACACAAAUGAUUUUUUAAAUAAAUACACAUUUUAAAAGAUGUUGAUUUUCACUGGGAAUGCUUAACAAUAAAUGCAUGUUUCCCUGAAAA